AUGUACCAGCAUACUGUUGUGUCUGCCGCACCUGCCUGUGGUGUCCAUGUUCCGAUCAGAAGUCAUAUACAAGCUCUGGGGCGACUUUUGUAUUUUUCGCGCCGUUCGACCGAAGCUACAGCACUCCCAGUAUUUUCCUUCACUUUUUCGGUGACAUAAAACAGUGUUUACACGUAUAUUGUAUUUAAUGGAGAGCAUGCGCGUGGCUUUGCAUGACAUUGCUUCUACAGCAGCGCUCCGUCUGACGCGCGGGCCGAGGUGCCGGCGGUGUCAGUGUCAUUCCGGCAGCGGACCAGCGGCAUUAGGGGCUGAACAACAGAUUACACCCAGUAAAUAAGCCCACGCCACUCCCUCGAACCAUUUUCUUUGUCCCUUCCACUCUCAUCGAGUCUUCGUGACACUCAAGGGGAAACCCUCGGCACCAUGGCACCAUGCACUGGUGCCAAGGUCGCGAGAUCGGAGCGCCACCGCAACCUCGCCAAGUCUUGACCGCGAGGGUAGCGCCCUACAGGGGCCCUAUAGGGCAGUGUAGGGAGGUGUAGGGCGCCCCGUGUACUGGGCGCUCCGCUGCGCUGCUCGAGCCUCCUCUUCAUCCCGCUCCGAUCAACAGAGUCAGCCCCCCCCCCCGGCGCGUUAUGACAACAACCCAACCGACCUUGGUAUUACGACACAUAUACGAGCCCGCCGUGCAGCUGUGCAGAACGGACAGCGUGGUCAGCGACUCAGCGCGAUGGCCGACCCGAGGCUGAACGCGACUGUUUCCUGA